CGGUCACAUGUUUCCUUUGUUGUGAGCUGCGGGGAGACUGGUGGCUGGAGGAGACGCCGGCGCAGGAGAGAGCGCUGCGCCGCGGGCCGCUAAGGGACCGCUUGGGCCACCUCUGCUGGCCACUGCUGCUGGCCUCUUCCAGCCUUCUUCUUGAGGUACCCGGGGAUGACAGCUCCGGGACCGGCCGAAAGGCGAGGAAACGACCAGAGCCGGGGGCGGAGGGGCGGCUGAGGUCACAACCACGGGGAUGUCUGCAGGAGGGAAGCCAGCGGCGGCCGGCCUCUGGAGCCAGAGGAGGGGGGACUGAGGAGAGAUUGCAGCUGGGGCUACAGGGCUCCUGUCUGGGGCGAGGCGACUCCGAGGCUCUCUUGGGGGGUCUUCAGCCCCGGUUCCGUAACAACACUAUGAAAGAAAGGGCACCCCCGCCUCCUGGCACUACCGCCCCGGAACCGCGGCGUUGCUGGCGUGCCCGCCGGGGGCGGAUUGGGAGGGGCCUGGUCGCCGGGGCUGGGGGCAGCUGGUGCGGAUCUCCCCGCCGCCGGAGGGACUGAGGUAGCUGGCAGUGAGGGCGGGGAGAAGGGUCCCGCAACUUGCCGAUGGGCUUCGAACGGACCACUGCUCUUUUUUACUCGAAGGAAGUGCCGAGAAUGCGAAGGAAUUCACCCAAGACAGUGCAUUUCUGUAGGAGGUAGAUCGAGUUCCCUGGGUGAACCAGGAAUUGAAUAUGAACAGUUCCCAUUGGGUCUCCUGCAUUCUAAAGGAAAAAUAAGCUUGAUUGCAGUACAACUACUCUCUAAGAUCAAUUCUGGUAUUAUAUAUCUCCUUUGGACUUUUUAUGCUAACCUCCUCUGCCCCUUGCUCUGACCUAUUAGGUUGGUGUGGAAAAACUGGGGCUUUGACCAAGCAAAUGCUAAAAAGUCACAUAAGGAAGAUCCCUAACAGUUACUUCUCAACAAUUAUAUAGUCAUCUGAUGUAACAAUGGUACUAAUAUUGGGACGAAGACUAAACAGAGAGGAUCUCGGGGUGCGUGAUUCACCAGCAACAAAGCGUAAAGUUUUUGAAAUGGACCCUAAAUCUCUGACAGGCCGAGAGUUUUUUGACUUCUCUUCAGGAUCAUCCCAUGCUGAAAACAUACUGCAGAUAUUUAAUGAAUUCCGAGAUAGCCGCUUAUUCACAGAUGUUAUCAUCUGUGUGGAAGGAAAAGAAUUUCCUUGCCAUAGAGCUGUUCUCUCAGCCUGUAGUAGCUACUUCAGAGCUAUGUUUUGUAAUGACCACAGGGAAAGCCGAGAAAUGUUGGUUGAGAUCAAUGGUAUUUUAGCUGAAGCUAUGGAAUGUUUUUUGCAGUAUGUUUAUACUGGAAAAGUGAAGAUCACCACAGAGAAUGUACAGUAUCUCUUUGAAACAUCAAGCCUUUUUCAGAUUAGUGUUCUCCGUGAUGCAUGUGCCAAGUUCUUAGAGGAGCAACUUGAUCCUUGUAAUUGCUUAGGAAUCCAGCGCUUUGCUGAUACCCAUUCCCUCAAAACACUCUUCACAAAAUGCAAGAAUUUUGCAUUACAAACUUUUGAGGAUGUGUCCCAGCAUGAAGAAUUUCUUGAGCUUGACAAAGAUGAACUAAUUGAUUAUAUUUGUAGUGAUGAACUUGUUAUUGGCAAAGAGGAGAUGGUUUUUGAAGCUGUCAUGCGCUGGGUCUAUCGUGCUGUUGAUCUGAGAAGACCACUGUUACAUGAGCUCCUGACACAUGUGAGACUCCCCCUGUUGCAUCCCAACUACUUUGUUCAAACAGUUGAGGUGGACCAAUUGAUCCAGAAUUCUCCUGAGUGUUAUCAGUUGUUGCAUGAAGCAAGACGAUACCACAUACUUGGGAAUGAAAUGAUGUCCCCAAGGACUAGGCCGCGCAGGUCAACUGGCUAUUCUGAGGUAAUAGUUGUCGUUGGAGGCUGUGAACGAGUUGGAGGAUUUAAUCUUCCAUAUACUGAGUGUUAUGAUCCUGUGACAGGAGAGUGGAAGUCUUUGGCUAAGCUUCCAGAAUUUACCAAAUCAGAGUAUGCGGUCUGUGCUCUAAGGAAUGACAUUCUUGUUUCAGGUGGAAGAAUCAAUGGCCGUGAUGUGUGGAUUUAUAAUUCACAAUUAAAUAUUUGGAUCAGAGUUGCUUCUCUAAAUAAAGGCAGAUGGCGUCACAAAAUGGCAGUCCUCCUGGGUAAAGUAUAUGUUGUUGGAGGCUAUGAUGGGCAAAACAGACUUAGCAGCGUAGAAUGUUACGAUUCCUUUUCAAAUCGAUGGACUGAAGUUGCUCCCCUUAAGGAAGCAGUGAGUUCUCCUGCUGUGACUAGCUGUGUAGGCAAAUUGUUUGUGAUUGGUGGAGGACCUGAUGAUAAUACUUGUUCUGAUAAGGUUCAAUCUUAUGAUCCAGAAACCAAUUCUUGGCUACUUCGUGCAGCUAUCCCUAUUGCCAAGAGGUGUAUAACAGCAGUAUCCUUAAACAACCUGAUAUAUGUUGCUGGUGGACUGACCAAGGCAAUAUACUGUUAUGAUCCAGUUGAAGAUUACUGGAUGCAUGUACAGAAUACAUUCAGCCGACAGGAAAACUGUGGUAUGUCUGUGUGUAAUGGUAAAAUAUAUAUCCUGGGUGGAAGACGGGAGAACGGAGAAGCCACAGACACUAUUCUCUGUUAUGAUCCUGCAACAAGUAUCAUCACAGGAGUAGCUGCAAUGCCUAGGCCAGUAUCCUAUCAUGGAUGUGUGACUAUUCAUAGAUACAAUGAGAAGUGCUUUAAGCUCUAAAGCCAGGAUACCUCACCCAAGAAACCACACCCAUCCAAGAUGAGAGGUUUUAAAAGCUCCAGAGUGGGGACUUGACAUAUCUCCUUUAUGCCAUAUGCACAAAAAGCAAAAAUAAUAAUUGUGGUGCCUUUCUCCUCAAAAUAUCAAUCUUUCAAACUGUAAUAAAGCCUUUCCUGUAAUUGUGGGAAGAAAUUAUUGUUGUUGAAGGUAACAGUGAUCUUUGUUUGGGCUUUGAGAGUGUACCUUUGUGAGUAUUUGUAGAAAACCUGUGUGGAAUAGAGAAAUAAUGUCUGCCUACAUACAUACCUUUUAGGAAAUUGUGACUGGUCUCUUCAUUUAUGUAUGUUUAUCUGCAAGACUGUAUAUUCCUUAUUUUGUCAUGUAUGUAUAUAUAUAUAUAAAUAGAAAAUGGCAUGACAAGGCUUCAUUUAUGUUGAAUCAUAUAAUGCUUAGAAUGCAAAGAAUCAUUCUGAGGGGGAAAAAAUCUUUUAAAAAUCUUUGUCACCAAAAAACAUAUCCAAAUUGAUUAAUUUUGGUUUUUUUUCAGAUUGAUAAAAAUGUAAUGACAACAAUCUGAGUAUCAUAUAAUACUGAAUUAUUGUGACUUCAUUCUUAGAUUUGCUUUCUUAUGCUAAAGAUAUUUCUUUGGGAGGAGAUACAAAAGCAAGUGCCCUUAAAGUAGGGAUUAAAAUUACAGGUUAGUUCCUAAGAAAAAAUUAUCUAAGACCGUUGAAGGGAAAAUGACCCACUGUGGCUCUCAGAAGUAUUUAUGUAUCAUCUCUAAAUCCUCUAAGGGAAGCACCUUUUCUUGAACCUGGCAGAAGAGUUGAAAUCCACUUUCCAUUAUUAUCUUGUGAAAAACAGGGACAGAUUUUCUCCCUAGCCCAGUAGGGUUUGACCUCAAUUAGUAUGGUGCUUUGGGUGAGGACCUCUUCCUGGUUAUCCCACUUUCUUGUAAACAGCUAAAAAUCCUGGGAGUCUCUACUGUUAAGCUGCCCUUAAAGGAUAAAGCAGGGACCACCUCUCUCAGUGGGUCCAUAUUUCUUUUAAAAUUAGCUAUCUAUAGAAACUAACAGCAGUAGUUUCAGUCUUCUAAGAUAACUAUUUCAUUUGGUACCCAUUGUGUAAAAUAUUGAUCAACGUUCUCAAGCUCCUCUACAUCAAAUUGCCUUUGUCUAGAUGUUUCAACUUCAGUUUAUAAAGCUUACUAGUUUUCAGAGAAGAAUGUAAAAAUUUUUUCUAAGGUAAAUGGAAUGGCAGGAACUAGCAUAAGUGAUUAUCAUUAUUCCUGGGAGACAGGUAUAAUUUACAACGAUUUAGGGAUGUUCCAGGUAGCCUGCUGUUUUUCAACUUCCCAGGCACUAUUGUCAUCUCACAUCAUAAUUAUAUACUCCUUGUCAUAGGAGAAAUGAUGCACAUAUGUGAUUAUAGUUCACCAGAUUUCUGUUAAAACCAUGAUAGUAAUCAAAAGCCUAAUAUUGAUAAACUACUCCUUUUUCCUCGUUUUAGAAUGAUACAGAGAUUUCAGAUAAACUCUGCAGCAUCAACGUUAACACGUAGCUGGAAUCUGAAUUCUGAGGAAAACUAAAAAGCUUAACAAAUUUUUAGGGAAUUUUUAUUUUUCAAAUCUUAAUUUGAAGUGAUAUGUGCCUCUGUGUGAUGAUAACAUCAAAGCAAUUCAGAAACCAGUUUUCUACCAUUUUAGUUGAAAGAUAACAGUAGAUAUAUUGGGAUGCUUAUAUAAUUUUAAUUUAAUUUUAGAGUAAACCUCUACUUCUGCAUCAUACCCUUUGUAGAUAAUGGAACCUAUUUAGUUCAGACAUUCUUUGUGGUAUAUGAGAUAAUGUAUGAGAAAAGUGUUUUUUUUGUAAAUGCUGAGGAUUAUACAAAUAAUACUUGUUAUUUUGUGUAUUUGUGAGAUCAUGUCCAUCCAUAAAAUCAGACACUUCACACAAAAAAAGACUUUUUCAUCAUAGCUUGUAUUUUAGUACUUCUAUUAUAAAAGUAUUAACUAUUUACUUGUAUUUUGUUAUACAUUUAUUUUCAAUAUUCAUGUGUUUAUUGUAGUAAAUUUGAAAUGAAAUCCUAUAAAAUAUAACUUGUUUAAAUGUGGACCUCAUGCCAAUAUUGUUUAAUUUUUUUCUCUGCAUAAUUUUUAAAGAAUUAAUUAAGUUAGCCACCAGGAACUUGGCUUGAAUCCUAUGAAGUUAAAGUAACAAUUUUUUUUUGUUUUUUUGCCACAUCCAUGGCAUACAGAAAUUCCCAGGCCAAAGAUCAAACCCAAGCCACAGCCAUGACAACACCAAAUCUUUAACCUCUAGGCCUGCAGGGAAUUUAAACAAAAAUUUAAAGUAACAAAUUUUUAAAGCUACCCAACUGAUACUUUAAUUUCCUUUAAUUAUUUAUCUUCCUUUACUGGUUUUUGAUAAAUAAAGUUAGCAUUGAUAAACUAAUACAGAAUUUUAGGAUAUAAUUAGUAUAUCAAAAAGGUUUAUCAACCAAAUUAGUGUCAGAUUAUAUUGGUGUCAUCAUGGAGGUGACAGAUUUUCUUUUGGUGGGUUAUGUUCAUAUAAGCCUUUGGAUUAGUAUGUAUGUAUAUACAUGUAUAUAUAUAUGUAUAUAGAUAGUAUGCUCAUCUACACACAUUUAUACAAACACCAAGAAUUUCAUCAGUUUGUGAUGGUCAGAAAAAGGCACAUAAAGUAAAAAUUGACCUUAUUAAAUUCAAUCCCAGAAGUUUUUAAUUUGGGCAUUUAUAGAAUACUUUUAACAUGAAAAUACAUGAAAGCAUGAUGACUAGUGUAUACAGUCAGAAUCUAUAUAACACAGUUUUAUAAGAUAAGAAAAUAAAUUCGAGGGAGAUACAAGUUUGCUAAACCUAGCCAUGAUACCUCAGUGGGAAAGGAAUUCAAAGUAUGUUUUGUGGAUCAACAGAAGAGUACAGGGCUUUUUUCAUGGACUUUAUUCCCUUUUCAUGUGUUCCUAUAUGUGAGUGGGCUAUGAAGUGGUCUAGUUUUUACAAGGCCUUUGCCACUCUAAUCUUCCCACUGACUUUUACUGCACAUGUGUGAAAUGGUAGCCUAUUGGAUCUUCAGUAAACUUUUUUUUCCCUAGAGAUGGAAAUAUAGGUAUUAUUCCAUUUAAAGCAGGUGUUAAGAAGAAAAUGAUGUAAAUACUCAGGGAGGGUAUUUUCAUUUUUGCCUAAUUGGAGUGUUUAAAGUGCCAUAACUACAUAACUUUCAGUUCAUGAUUCUAGAGUAAAUUUAAUUUGGUAAAGGGGCUUCACACAUGGCGGUGGUUAAACAUUCAUUUUUUAUAAUUAGAAAGAAGGAAGCAUUUUGUGGACUGAUACAUUUUCUCUUAGUGAAUAUGAAUUGUUUCUGUAUCUCUACUGUCAUACCCUUUUUGAAACUCAGGAAAGACAAAGGUUCAACUAUACUACUUUUGUCAAUAUGCAAACCAGGUGUGUUUUUUUUUUUUUUUUCCUGUUGUCUGGAUAUGGCAAUAGAUUUUUUUUUUUUUUUAAUGAUUGCUGUGAGAACCCGUACAUGAAAAGAGGGGUUAAAUCGUUGGUGUGUGCCUUUUGUUUCUUGAGAUUUAUAUGUGGAAAAGACAUCUUCUACUCCCGACUGUAUUUUCAGAGAAGAGAUUGCCAUUUAUGUGGUGCCAAGUGAUAAUGUCUCUCAAAGGCUUCCUGUGGACUGCCUUUAUCUUCCUAAACUCUAGACACCAGUUAACCUCAAUAAUUUUGGCCUUAUUAGAUGUUCUUAUGCAUUAUAUUGAAAGCCAGGUUUACGUCACCUCACCCCAGUAUUCCUUUUAGUGGAGUAAAUAAAUUUACCGUACCAAGAAACCAGAAUGAGGCAAUUUGGUUGGUCUUUAAGUCAGUAGGUUUGACUAGCUAGCUAUCCUUACUGUCACAUCUAACGCUAGGCAUCAGAAACCACUUGAGCCAGGAGUGUUGAAUUGAUAAUUCCAGAGACAUUUUCAACAUACUUCAGACCUUUGAAAAAAAUUUUUUAUGAAUGUUUUACAUUUGUGUGAUUGCCUUAGAUAUUAAAUUUACUUAGUGCUAAAGAUCAUCCUUAGUUUUUUUAAAUAGCAGUAGUUAUAACUUAUUUUAUAUAUUGUCCCAAAGAAAGAAAUUUAUUUUAAUGUUUUCAAAACAACUGCAUCUGAAUUUAUGUGCCUUAAGUUCUCUAGUGCUAUUUCAACUUUUUUUUUCUUUUUUUUUUUUUUUUUUCGGUUUAGAUAAGUUUCGUAUUUGUUUUCUACAGAGUAAAUUUCCCUUCUUACAUUUUUUAAUGAGAACUGACCAUGUGGUUGCUUGGCAGAAAGAAUGUUAAGAAAGGUUUUUGAGUGUUUUGAGUUUUUAUGUUUGGGGAGGUUUUUUGUUUGAUGCCAAGGUGCUUUUUAAGAUACUAAGAAAAACAUCUAUGUUACAUUGAUUAAAACCUUUGUAAACAUCAUUUGCAAUAUCUGUAUCUAAUGUCAAAAAAGUAAAUCUACUUGUUGUUUUCUUCUUAUAUACCAUUUUUUUCCCUCUAUAGUCUCUUUCAUUUAUCUUUCUUGAAAAAGUUCUUAUUACUCUUUGCUUCUCUAACACCCAUCCCCACAGUUUCUUUAAAUCUCGUUGAGAGUUUCUGGAGCUGAGACAACACAAUUACAGAGUUGAAAAAAGUAUAAUGUGCUUUACAACUUGUACAGACCUGUGGUAGCCAAAUGUCAUUUGCUUUCUGAGAAAGGCUCCAGAAUCUUCACUGUAGAAAAAAAAAAAAAACGUAUUUCUUUGUCUCAGUUCAGUUGCAGCACACUAAUACUUACAUGUCUUGUUUAAAUAUACUUUGUGCAUAGUUUUCUUUAAUUUUUUAAAAGUUGUGUAUCUAAUAAAAAAUGUCUUUUAGCCAUUA